CAACAACCAACUUAAACAUCAGCCGAAGCUCAAGUGCACAUUCCUGACCCCGACUUCGUGAGCAACAAGCAAACGAAUCUACGAAUUGAGGCUUCCACCAUCGGCGCAAAUCCCGACCUCGGACUUUACACCUCGUGUCGAGGAUUUGGGCCCCUCCGGCAUACCCAAAGUAGCAAUCUCCGCACCGUGGCGUUCCCCUCAUUCCCCAGUCAGCUGCAUUCACCCGCUUCGACCCCGGAUAAUAAAACCAAUUGCCUCCCCGGUCGCAAAAAUGGCUCCCAAACGUGCUUUGUUCUCCCUAAACGUAGACUCCGAAACCGAUCACGUCUAUCAACGCAUCAACGACCACUCCAAACCCGGAGAGAAGACCAAGGUCAUUGAACACUCAGGAUCGACUGUUGGCCACACGGAUCUGCAAUUCAUCAAGCCAUUUGAGAAUCUCGUUAAUCGAACCGUCGAAGGUGUCGAAGAAGGAACAGGCAAAAAGAUCCACAGCGCAGAAGGCGAACUCACAUACUCCAGCCAGCGCAGCUCCUCAGGGGCCGUCGAACGAAAGAUGUCUUCACAACCCCUCCGCAUUGCCAUCGGCUGCGACAGUGCUGGCGUCAGCUACAAGAACGCCAUCAUCGCCGACCUGAAGAAAGACUCCCGCGUGUCAGACAUAACCGACGUCGGCGUCCCCGAAACAAGCGACGACACCGCGUAUCCGCACGUCGCCGUCGACGGCGCCAAACUUGUUGCUGAGGGCAAGGCCGACCGCGCGAUACUGAUCUGCGGCACUGGGCUGGGUGUUGCCAUCAGUGCGAACAAGGUCCCUGGCAUCAGGGCGGUUACGGCACACGACUCGUUCAGUGUCGAGCGCGCGAUUUUGAGCAACGAUGCUCAGGUGCUGUGUAUGGGUGAGCGUGUCAUUGGGCUGGAACUUGCCCGGAGAUUAGUCAAAGAGUGGUUGGGUUACCGAUUUGACAAGAGUAGUGCGAGUGCGGCGAAGGUAGAUGCCAUUACAGAACAUGAGAAGAGGAACUUUGCGGGGCUGGACAAGGUUGACAGUGUGACAAGCUGCUCGUAG